AUGGCCUACGUGCUGUCACUGCGGCCUCACAGUCCACUCAAGCGGUCCUUCAGCGAUAAUCCUUACCUUCAGUCAUGCUCACCAUUGAAGGAGCCUUUCCUUGGGCCACUUGGCGACGUCACCGCUCGCAAUACAUCCGCGUGCUCACUGUACACGCUCAGUUCGAACAGGUCCAACAUCUGGAACAUUGGGAACGAGAACACACCACCUCUCGCGUCUCAGUCCCUGCUCAACCUCGUACCGGAGAGCCAUAUAUACGACUUCGGGUCACAGCAUGGUGGUCAUGUACCGCGAAAACGCAACUGCGGAGGGAAUCGAAUAGCGCCGUCAAUACCACGCACUACAGCCCCAUCAAAACCUUUCUCCAGGAAGGCGCCUGACUUACAGCAUAAGAUUGAGUCCUCAUCGAGUAGUGAGAGCUCUUCAGAGAGCAUGGGCGUUGAUGACAGCAAUAUCGAAGAGUCGGAAUUGUUCAACCUGUACGAAGCCAUUCACGUGCCUCUGCCUGAGGGACGAUUCUCUGACAACAGUGGCGUCGAGCAACGUGAUGUCCCAGCUGCUGCUCCAGAAACCCUGCAAUCCGAGACGCAACCUUUUCGCCGCUGGAUGAGUACCCUGCGUCGGCGACACCUUCAUCGACGCAAGAAACAAGAGCUAUCUUUCGAUGCUGGCGAAGAGUUGCUUGCUGUUCGAUCACCACGGUUAACGGACGCAACCUCAGCACGAAGGACCUCGGAGUCGAUAACAUCUUCCAUGGGCUUCGUCACGAAUGUCAAGACUACGUCAGUCACAGUUGCAAGCACCAGCAUCGCGCCCAUGUCCGAGAGGGCGGCGCACAAGACGACUCGCUUUGGCAACCGGAGCAGUAACACCGACGCCCGUCGAUCGUUCGACAGUAAUCGCGGCGGGCUUGGUCCAGUGCUCGACGAGAGCGCAUGGCUGAGGUCACUCCAGCGCCGCAAGGUGGUGGAAGAACUGAUGGCCUCAGAAGAAAGCUACAUCGCUGACCUGAAGGUCCUCAUCAACGACUACUUCAUGAUUCUUACCGCUCUUCCUGCAUUGCCUGGCCAGACCAAGUCAUCCAUACAGCAGAACAUAGCCCAGAUUUUGCAACUCCACGAGGAUCUCCUUGCAGAGCUCCAACAAGCUGUCCCGCAAGCGGACUUCACCAAGAGUGCACAGCAAGAGGCCUAUCCUGUAACGAAAGCAAAGCACAUUCGAUUUCACAGCGCAGACAUCAUACCUGGUCGCUUAGGCGAGCACAGAGCCACUCGACGAUUGAGGCAUUCUCUUGAGAUUGGUCGCUCACCAGACAGGCGACCGCGAGGCCUGGUCACUGACACUACAACGGUCGGCAACAUCGCGAAGAUAUUUAAUCGACACAUGAAGCGAUUCUUCACAUAUGAAGAGUACGGUGCGCAUUGGACAACGAUGUCCUCGGAUCUUACUUUGAUGUGCAAAGGACUGCACGGGUGGCAAGAGUAUGAACGAGGAGUCGAAGCCUUGCAGAAAAUCGUCGCUUCCGAAAACAACCGCGAGUCUGGCAGCAAGAAGGCGCUAAGCUUUCCCGAUCUAUUAAUCAAGCCUAUCCAGAGGGUCUGCAAGUAUCCCCUACUGUUUGACGAUCUCUGCCGCCAGACACCUGUUUGUGACGACCCCGAGGCUCACGCCGAGUUGGAGAAAGCCCUGUUUCGGUUACAGGAAACGAUCCGCGAAGUCAACAAAGCCAAAGACGAUCCGAAGACCCGUCGACUGAUCGAGAUUACCUGGCAGUUGCAAGACAGGCUUGUCUUUCAGGAACAGUCAAUCUCACGUGCGCUCGUAUUCCGGCUUCUCGGUCAUGUCCUGCUUUGCGGUGUUUUGCAUGUGGCUUACCAGACACCGGAACGAGUGAAGGGACAGUACAUGAUAUGCGUUCUGUACAAGUCAUGUCUCGUACUUGCUACGACAAGUCGUUUCUUUACGCCCUACAACGUGGUUGCUUGCAUUAGCCUGGCCAAUGGCAGUAUCGAAGAACCGGACAAUGGUCGAGGCGUUCAAUGUCAUACUGCUUCGCAUACCUGGAAGUUCGUAUUCGAGCACAAUAACCGGCUCCACGAGAUCAUUUUGAGCGCCUGCUCGUCUCAGGAAGAAGAAACAUGGAAGACACAGCUGCGUGAGCGGGCUAUAUGCGAGACGCACGAUUUUGUCGAAGGACAGUCCACUGUGCACGAGAUGUUUUCUUUCCUGGGUUUGGACCUCAAGUCUCUUGGCCCAGUCUUCGGACACGCAGACAGUCUGGUGCGGCGCAUGUCUGUACACCGAGCUGCGACGCUGGGUGCGAAGACAAACCUGACACAAGUCAUCAUCAAGAAUACCCAGGCGCAGAAGCCCCUCGACACAACCCCCACAUUUUCGCCGGGGCAAAUGGCUCGUUCGCACUCAAUGCUAUCGGCAAACCACAUUCCCACGCUGGCUCCGAGAAGAGCUGAACGCAUGCGCCUCGAGACGGCACUAGAGGAAGUUUGGACAAAAGACGUCUUGCCCUUUCCAGGGAUGUCGACUCGAAGCGUGGAGAAUCAGAUUCGUGCAUCGGCGAAUUCGGUUAUGCGAAAGCUCAGUAUGGCAAGCAUUGCCAGUAACUUUUCGCGCCGCUCGCCCAGCUUCUCCAGCAUGAGCAACACUCGCUCGGAAGAUUCAUAUGGAAGCAGGGCGCACAGAGUGCCGCAUGCAAACCUGCGUGCAGCUCCCGGCUUGGAUCGUCGACCUGCUCCUGCUGUUGUAGAUUUUCACAAUGCUCCAGCAGCGUUCCUGCCGACGGAUUUCGAGCUGCAAGACACACGACCAUCGAGUCGACGCCGACGCCUAGCGAACCGCGCAGGAGGGGCAGAGCGCUCUACAGAAAAGCCGACGCCUGUUCGUCCCAAGCGGACAAGGCGACUAUCAUCACAUAUCAUCAGCCUCCCACGAAGUGAGUCAAGCGCGCGAGUCACGGCGAGGUCUACAUCGGACGGCUCCAAUGCAACUGUCCUGCGUGGUCCUGAGCCUACUGUCGAUACCGAGCAGAACCGCGAGAAUGCGAAGCCCAAGAGGAAGAAUGACAGGGAAGGUAGCAGCUCAGGAAGAGCCCUGGGUACAGCACCGUCGAAGAAGUUCUUAAAGAGCAAGAGCCGGAUCUUCAAAUUUUGGGUAUGA